AUGUUCGCACCAGUGUCCCAGCGCGAGGAUGGUACCGUCAUCUUUGCAACGCCAAUGGGAGAUAGGUCCAUGCCGAUGGUCGCGCUUUCUGACAUUGGGUUUUUUGCGCGCCACGUCUUCGACAACCGCGCCACGACAUCCCGUGCCGAGCUUAAAAUCGCAAGUGACAUGGUUAGCUGGGAGUACUUGCGCAAGAACUUCGAGAAGGUAACCGGCAAGAAUGCGGAGGUCCUCUACUUAAGCAUCGAAGAGUGGUUCGACAACCUAGGGACUGACUGGCGCCAAGACCAGCCGAUCGCGGCUGCAGGGAAGGUCGGCGUAGACACGAUCUCUUGGAAAGACAACAUGAGGGCUUGGUGGACGAUGUACCACGAUGGAAUCCUGAAGCGCGACUUGGAUUGGAUCCGGAGGGUCAAUCCGAAUGGACAUACGCUGGAGAGUUGGAUGCGUGAGCAUAAAUACGGAGAACGCCUGUGGGAGAGGGGUACUGUACUGAAGAAUGUGGAAGAGCGCAUGGCUCAGAUGACGCCAAAGGAGUCCAAGUUGGAGGAAAUGUCUAUUCUUGAGAAAGUAGAUUAUCGACUUAAUCAGAGUUAUCUCGUUGAACGUGCCCAGAAGGAAUUCGGUGUAUCAUACAUGUCUGACUCCAUGAUUAAUGGUCGGAUUAAGGAAGCUACUGGUAUUGCAGAGUUCGUCGCUUCUACCUUUGUUUGCGGAAGUAGAGAGCGACGAUGUAGACCUCGACAAAUAGACAAAUAUCGAGACAUCGGCGUGGAUUACAUACUAUAUAUGGCUGCCGUGAACAACAUUGAGAUCUUGAAGGGAUGA